GUCCAGACAGUGCCAUUCUCUUUAGUGUUUGCCCUGUCCUCCCAAUGUUCACCUCCUCACCGCCCGCAUUUUGAUAUAAAUUAAGUUACACCGUGUCUUGAAAUAGGCCGCUGACAAAAGCAGGCGACAUUAACCCAACAUAUCUUAUGGAGUAACUAAUAACUGAACAAAGGAGCGACGAGGCAGAGCUGAAAUCCAGACCUCUUCAAUCCAACAAUCCCUCCCACACUGUACAUUUCUUUGCUUGACUUCAGCCUACGAAGCUGGACCAACAAGGAUGUCUCAGCUCCAGUUUCAGUGCCCAGGCAGCUCCAUGCCGGCUGUCUCUGCCCCCCUGCAGAUGGGGCAGCCGCAGCCAGGCUACAGCAUCCCUUGUGCAACAGGUGCCCUACCAUCUGAGAGUGCCAGCCAGCCUGUCAGGAGCUCCGCCCUCCCAGCAGGCUCAGCUACCCCCUAUAAUACCACCAUAGUACCUAACAUGGCAAACCCUAAAGAGAAGACCCCCAUGUGUUUGGUGAAUGAGUUAGCCCGUUUCAACAAGAUCCAGCCUGAAUAUAAGCUGCUUUCUGAGCAAGGACCAGCUCACUCCAAGAUUUUCUCAGUGAGGCUCACACUUGGAGAUCAGCACUGGGAGGCUGAGGGGACCAGUAUCAAGAAAGCCCAGCAUUCCGCUGCUGCGUCUGCGCUCGCUGAGACGACACUCCCCAAACCCACCAUCAGGAUGCUCCGAAACACAGGCAGGCAGAACCCAGCGGAUGGCAUCACACAUACCAUGGAGUUAAAUGCACUUUGUAUGAAGCUUGGUAAAAAGCCAAUGUAUAAACCCAUCGACCCAUACCCGGUGAUGAGACCACCGAGCUUUAAUUACAAUGUCCGGGCACCUGGGCCUUACCAGCGCUCUAUGCAACAGUACUACUAUCCAUUUCCUCCAGUAGGACCAAUGCUAUACCACAUGGAGCUCUCCAUCGGAGGCCAGCAGUUUACCGGGAAGGGCCGCACACGCCAGCUGGCCAAACAUGACGCUGCUGCCAAAGCCCUGAAAAUUCUGCAGAAGGAGCCCAUACUGCAACAGCUGCCAGUGAUGAAUGGAGAGCCUGAGGAGGAGAACCUGAACAAAUCAGAAAUCAGUCAAGUUUUUGAAAUUGCUCUAAAACGAAACCUACCAGUCAACUUUGAGGUUCUAAAGGAAGACGGACCUCCACACAUGAAGAGUUUUGUUGUUUGUGUUACUGUUGGGGAGUUUACGGGAGAGGGGGAGGGGAAAAGUAAAAAGAUUGCUAAGAAGCUGGCAGCAGCAGCCGUGCUGGGUGAGUUGAAGAGGCUUCCCCAUAUACCCAGUGUGGAAAAGACCCUGCCACGCAUCAAAAAGAAAACCAAAUCUAUCAUCAAGCUGCAGACCAGCCCAGAGUAUGGCCAGGGGAUGAAUCCCAUCAGCCGCUUGGCUCAGAUCCAGCAGGCCAAAAAGGAGAAGGAGCCGGAGUACAGCAUGGUGACAGAAAGAGGUUUGCCCCGGCGCAGGGAGUUUGUCAUGCAGGUGACGGUGUGUGGCCAGUCUGCAGAGGGAAUGGGACCCAGUAAGAAGGUGGCCAAGAGGAAUGCAGCUGAGAAAAUGUUGGAACUCUUAGGAUAUAAAGUGCCUCAACCUCAGCCUCCAAAACCGGCACUCAAAACUGAUGAAAAGACCCCAGUGAAAAAACCCGGUGAUGGACGCAAAGUGACCUUCUUUGAACCCGGCUCUGUGGAGGAGGUGGCAUUGGGCUCCAAGGAGGAGGAGUUCCGUUUGCCUUAUCUGAGCCACCAGCAGCUGCCUGCAGGUAUCCUCCCCAUGGUUCCAGAGGUGGCUCAAGCAGUUGGAGCCUAUCCGGGAUCCCAGGCCAAGGACUACAAUCGAGCCACGUCCAAUCCGGGCAAGGCCACAAUCACUGCCAUGAUCGCCAACGAGCUGCUUUAUGCUGGGACCUCCUUGACUGCUGAAACUAUCCUAAAGAACAAAAAUAACCUGAACCAGUUGCCCCACGGACCACUCACCAGACCCUCGGAGCAGCUCAGCUACCUUGCGUCUGUGCAGGGUCUUCAGGUGGAGUACAAGGAUUUCCCCAAAAACAACAAGAAUGAGUUUGUUUCGCUGAUCAACUGCUCCUCCCAGCCACCGCUCAUCAGUCAUGGGAUGGGAAAAGAUGUAGAAUCCUGUCACGACAUGGCCGCGCUGAAUAUACUGAAGUUACUCUCCGAGUUGGACCAGCAGUUAAAUGAAAGGACAGGAAAUGGACCAGCUGGAUGUGGCAAGCAGGAAGUUGAAGGCGACUCACACCUCAAACAGGCUAACUCAAGCACAUUGGCACAGACGCUGGAUGGUACAGCUUAGAUCUGGUUUGAUUGUCUCUAAAAGCACUAGAAAAAGAAAAAAACUCAAUACACUGUGUUCUUGGUCUGUUUUAGAGGACUGUAAGACGCUUUGGUCACUGUAGGCUCUGAACCAUCACUGUUCAAAUUCAUUGUUAGGAAAUGUUCACAGUUAAACAAGAUUGAUAGGAAAAUAGUAUCCUCUCCUUGAUAUUGUUUAAUUGUACACAUUAUUUAUUUUUAUUUUGCUUUGUAGAAAAUGUAGCUGCAUCCUAGACAAGUUUGGGGUUGUACUUAGUAAAGAAAAAUGAAGUGAUUUACUGUGAACUCUGUUUUCGUUUGGUUAGAACAUGUUUCCUCUAUGUGAGACCCACCGUACCUUGUUUUUAAGUGUUCUGUUUUAUCCCCUGCUUAGGUAGACCAUUAAGAAGAGAUCUUAAGGUUUUGGCCUCAUCUUUGUCUAGGGUGCAGCUUGCAAACCUCUGUUGAUUUUCCUAAAGUAAUGUGAUGUUGUCACAGCUGUUAAUGGCAGGAAACUCUUCCUUCCUCAUGUCAGCAGCCCUCGCCCCUCCUUAUGGUGAUUAAACUUUGGUGCUUAAAGGCGCAAAACUCUGCUCUCUCUGUUUUUCUUUCUCUUAUCUGACAUUAUUCAUAUGACUGCAUUAUAGAAGCAAUCUGAAGUGAUU